ACCAGGGAGACUCCAAGUUCAGGCAACAGCAUGGUUCUUUUCAGGUACCUCUUUAUCCUGCAAGUGGUACGGCUGGCACUAACUUACAACUUUUCUAACUGUAACUUCGAGAUGAUUUUGAGAAUAUAUCAUGCAACAAUUUUUCGUGACCUGCUUAAAGAUUUGAAUGGGAUCUUGUUCGACCAAAUCGAGGACUGUGACAGCAGGACAGCUUGUCUCCUGAAAAUCGACCACCAUACCUUCAAUCCUGUCCCUGGCUGCCCGUCACUCCCCGAGAAAGCGUUCGCUUUGAAAACGAAAGCGGCCCUCAUUAACUACUGCCCAGGCUACUCUGAAACUGAGAGAAAUGGUACUCUGGAAAUGACACGAGAAAUCAGAAACAUCUGCCUGAAUCAAACCUCACAAAUUCUAGGAUUGUGGCUUUCCUGCAUUCAAUCUUGAAGAAAAAAUUAGCUUUUGGAUUAUAUUAUGAAAAUAUAUAUCUUGUUUUUAGUAGAUAUAAUACUAAGGGUGUGACACUUAAAAGAACACUAAUGUUUAUUCUUUAAUUAUAGAAGGGAUUCUUAACUUAUUUUUGGCAUAUCGUUGUUUAGUGUAGGCGCUUUAAAUGGAAAAUGAGCAUUACCCCUUUAAUGGAAAUAACCGUGCUGUUAAUGAUUGGCUUCGGCUUCUGAGCAGUCUUUCUCACCUCACCUGAGACACUUUACUCUAGGGCAAACCUAACUGUAGUAGGAAGAAAAUCAAAAGUAGAAAAACAGUUGAAACCAAUGACAGGAUCUAUACUCCAUUUAAAAGGCAAGAAUUUUUGUACCUGUAAUGAUUCUUCUAACAUUCCUACGCUAAGAUUUUACUAAAGAAGAAAAUAACAGCAGAGGAAAGUGUUCAGGCAGUCACUGCCAUGAUGAAGCUGUCAGAAUCUGAGAGCUACUGCUGCAACUGAUCGUGUAGUAAAUCCAGCUGUAAAGGGGAUCUUAACCCACCACAGUGGGAUGCACAGGCAGAUCCCCAAGGGCAUUGUGCAGCUGUGAGAUAUAUAUUUAAAGUUGUAUAUAAUGAUUUUCUAAUUUAUUCCGUGAGCACCUUUGAAAAUAUACAUGUCGCUGUGUAACAAAUACACUUCUGAAUAAAGUAAUUCUCAAGUUC